AUGGUUGAUUCGUGCAUCAAAAGGUAUCGGCUUUUGGCUUACCAAUCUUAUUCCAGCACUACUCAACAUGAAAGGCUAUCUUGGGAAGUUUCCCCUCGUGCUGUUCUCUUGAGAAAGCUCGAAACUGCUCUGCAUGACCACCAACUAGAUGAAGCAUGGGUGAAUUUCAAUGGCUACAAGACCUUGUAUGGAUUUCCUCCAGAUGAUCUAACGAGCAAGUUGGUCUUGGAAUUUUCAUACUCUGCUGACCCUUGUUGGUUACAACGAGCAUACAAUUUAGCUGUCCUCAUUUGUGAAGAGCACUCGAAAAAGUCGCUGCAGGUUGAUAUCCUUACUAAGCUCUCACUCCCCUUAGCAAGAGCACAGAUGCCUAUUCCAGCGUCCGUGACUCUCAGAUUGAUGCUGGACAGAAGGAAGCUGCCUCCAAUGAAUGUGUUGUGGUUGGUUCUUUUCCACAUGGCUAAGACCGACACUGGAACUCAUCUGGCUUCAAAUUUCUUGAUUCAGGUUUGUGAUUGCUUCCUUGAUUCGAAUGCGGAAAAAGAUCAACUGGCGAAGCUGGUUAAACCAGAUACCAUGACUUUUAACAUUGUUCUGGAUGGUUGUGUGAGGUUUAAAUCGUCUCUAAAAGGUCAGCAGGUUCUGGAGUUGAUGUCACGGAUAGGGGUUACUGCUGAUGCACACUCCAUCACUCUCAUUGGCCAGAUCCAUGAAAUGAAUGGCCUGAGGGACGAGGUCAAGAAACUUAAAUAUCAUAUCGAUGGGUUACCAUCUACUUUUCUUUGUCACUACCAGCAGUUAUAUAAUAGUUUGUUAAACUUGCACUUCAAAUUCGAUGACAUUGAUGCUGCUGCUAAGCUCAUCUUGGGUAUGCACAUUCCACGGAAUUCUGCUACUCUUCAUGAGAAAUAUAGAAGGGAAUCGCAAAAGCCCCAUCUUGUUUCCAUAGGUUCUGACAGUAUUAGGUCUGGCUUGAAGAUGCAGAUUGUGCCUGAAUUAUUGGUGAAGGAUUCUAUCCUACAGUCACAAACUGAACUAGAGCUUGUUACUUUUAGGAAUGGGAAAAUUCUCCUGAGGAAACGAGCACUGGCGAAGCUUGUUGGUGGUUGCCGGAGGCAUGGUAGGAUCAGCGAGCUGUCAGAGGUUUUAUAUAGCAUUCAAGAAGACUAUCAUAAACAGGAAGGAUCCAAUUUAUGUUCCAAAGUCAUUGAAGCUUGUGUUCAUGUAGGCUGGCUGGAAACUGCUCAUGACAUCUUGGAUGACAUGGAGAAACUUGGUGGUCGUUCAAUGAGCUUGACUACAUAUAUGACACUUUUAAAAGCAUAUUAUGGGAAACAGAUGUUGAAACAGGGAAAUGCAUUGCUAAGGCGAAUGCGGAAGUUGGGUUGGCUUGUAGAUGUUUCUGAUGAAGUGGUAGCAUCCUCUUGUUCGUCUGAAAUAUCUGGUAUAGAAUAUUCUUCUUACAAAUGUACCUCAGGUCUGGCAGAGUUCUUGUUUCAAGAAGCAGAUGGUGAAGAAAAGGUUAUGUCUCCUACAGUGUAUGAGUUGAAUUCUACUAUAUACUUCUUUUGCAAAGCCAAAAUGAUGGAAGAUGCUCUGAAGACAUACCGAAAAAUGGGGCACAUGGAAAUCCAACCCACAGUACAAACUUUUGCGCAUCUUGUGCAUGGGUACUCUUCUCUAGGAAUGUACCGGGAAAUAACUAUUUUGUGGGGGGACAUCAAGCGGAACAUGGAAAAGAGUAACUUAGCUUUGUGUAGGGACAUGUACGAGUGCUUGCUGCUGAACUUUCUUCGAGGUGGUUAUUUUGAGAGAGUGAUGGAGAUUGUUGAUUAUGUGAAAAAACAGAACAUGUAUGCUGACAAAUGGAUGUAUAGAUGUGAGUUCUUGAAGCUUCAUAAGAAUCUUUACACGAGUUUGAGAGCCUCUGAGACGAGAAAUGACGCACAAAAAAAGAGGCUUCAGCAUGUCGCUGCAUUUAGAAAAUGGGCUGGAGUUGUAUGA